GUCCCCCUUGCCCCCAUGGCCCCGGUGCAGCGUGGACCGCAAGGGGCAGUACCAUUACCUGGUCAAGUGGCGGGACCUGCCCUACGACCAGGCCACGUGGGAGGAGGACGAGAUGCCCAUCCCUGACUACGACCUCCACAAGCUGGCCUAUUGGAAGCACCGGGAGGUUUUCAUGGGGGAGGACCCAGCCCAGCCCCGGCGCUACAAGAAGAAGAAGAAGGAGACGCCGGGAGAGGGACCCCCCGACUCGCCCACCAAUGACCCCACAGUGAAGUACGAGUCGCAGCCCCGGUUCAUCACAGCCACGGGGGGGACCCUGCACCUCUACCAGCUCGAAGGCCUCAACUGGCUCCGCUUCUCCUGGGCCCAGAGCACCGACACCAUCCUGGCCGAUGAGAUGGGGCUGGGCAAGACCAUCCAGACCAUCGUCUUCCUCUACUCGCUCUACAAGGAGGGCCACACCAAGGGCCCGUUCCUCGUCAGCGCCCCGCUCUCCACCAUCAUCAACUGGGAGCGGGAGUUCCAGAUGUGGGCGCCCGCCUUCUACGUGGUCACCUACACCGGGGACAAGGACAGCCGGGCCAUCAUCCGCGAGAACGAGUUCUCCUUCGACGACAACGCCAUGAAGGGGGGCAAGAAGGCCUUCAAGAUGAAGCGGGAGGCGCAGGUGAAGUUCCACGUGCUGCUCACCUCCUACGAGCUCAUCACCAUCGACCAGGCGGCGCUGGGCUCCAUCCGCUGGGCCUGCCUCGUCGUGGACGAGGCCCAUCGGCUCAAGAACAACCAGUCCAAGUUCUUCCGGGUGCUGAACGGGUACAAGAUUGAGCACAAACUGCUGCUGACGGGGACCCCGCUGCAGAACAACCUGGAGGAGCUCUUCCACCUCCUCAACUUCCUCACGCCCGAGCGCUUCAACAACCUGGAGGGCUUCCUGGAGGAGUUUGCUGACAUCUCCAAGGAGGACCAGAUCAAGAAGCUCCACGACCUGCUGGGCCCCCACAUGCUGCGGCGCCUCAAGGCUGAUGUCUUCAAGAACAUGCCUGCCAAGACCGAGCUCAUCGUCAGGGUGGAGCUGAGCCCCAUGCAGAAGAAGUACUACAAGUACAUCCUGACGCGGAACUUCGAGGCGCUGAACUCGCGGGGCGGCGGGAACCAGGUGUCGCUGCUCAACAUCAUGAUGGACCUCAAGAAGUGCUGCAACCACCCCUACCUGUUCCCUGUGGCCGCCAUGGAGUCCCCGAAGCUGCCGAGCGGGGCGUACGAGGGGGGGGCGCUCAUCAAGGCCUCGGGGAAGCUGCUCCUGCUCCAGAAGAUGCUGCGCAAGCUCAAGGAGCAGAACCACCGCGUGCUCAUCUUCUCCCAGAUGACGAAGAUGCUGGACCUGCUCGAGGACUUCCUGGACUACGAGGGCUACAAGUACGAGCGCAUCGACGGCGGCAUCACCGGCGCCCUGCGGCAGGAGGCCAUCGACCGCUUCAACGCGCCGGGGGCGCAGCAGUUCUGUUUCCUGCUCUCGACACGGGCCGGGGGCCUCGGCAUCAACCUGGCGACCGCCGACACCGUCGUCAUCUUCGACUCCGACUGGAACCCACACAACGACAUCCAGGCGUUCAGCCGCGCGCACCGCAUCGGCCAGGCCAACAAGGUGAUGAUCUACCGGUUCGUGACGCGCGCGUCGGUGGAGGAGCGCAUCACGCAGGUGGCCAAGCGCAAGAUGAUGCUCACGCACCUGGUGGUGCGCCCGGGGCUGGGCUCCAAGGCCGGCUCCAUGUCCAAGCAGGAGCUCGACGACAUCCUCAAGUUCGGCACCGAGGAGCUCUUCAAGGAUGAGAACGAGGGGGACAACAAGGAGGAGGACAGCAGCGUGAUCCACUACGACAACGAGGCCAUCGCGCGGCUCCUGGACCGCAACCAGGACGCCACCGACGACGCUGACGUGCAGAACAUGAACGAGUACCUGAGCUCCUUCAAGGUGGCCCAGUACGUGGUGCGAGAGGAGGACAAGAUCGAGGAGAUCGAGCGGGAGAUCAUCAAGCAGGAGGAGAACGUGGACCCCGACUACUGGGAGAAGCUGCUGCGGCACCACUACGAGCAGCAGCAGGAGGACCUGGCCCGCAACCUGGGCAAGGGCAAGCGCGUGCGCAAGCAGGUCAACUACAACGAUGCGGCCCAGGAGGACCAAGAUAACCAGUCCGAGUACUCGGUGGGCUCCGAGGAGGAGGACGAGGACUUCGAUGAGCGGCCUGAGGGCCGCCGUCAGUCCAAGCGGCAGCUCCGCAAUGAGAAGGACAAGCCCCUGCCGCCGCUGCUGGCCCGGGUCGGGGGCAACAUCGAGGUGCUGGGGUUCAACACGCGGCAGCGCAAGGCCUUCUUGAACGCGGUGAUGAGGUGGGGGAUGCCCCCCCAGGACGCCUUCACCUCCCAAUGGCUCGUGCGGGACCUGCGUGGCAAGAGCGAGAAGGAGUUCAAAGCCUACGUGUCCCUCUUCAUGCGGCACCUGUGCGAGCCGGGCGCCGACGGCUCGGAGACCUUUGCGGACGGGGUCCCCCGGGAGGGGCUGUCCCGGCAGCAGGUCCUCACCCGCAUCGGGGUCAUGUCCCUCGUCAAGAAGAAGGUGCAGGAGUUCGAGCACAUCAACGGGCGCUGGAGCCUCCCGGAGCUGCCCCCGGAGCCCAGCGCCGCCGACUCCAAGCGCUCGUCCCGGGCCUCGUCCCCCGCCAGGACCGGGCCCCCCAGCCCCGAGCACAGCGGCCCCCCCAGCCCCGCCCCACACAGCCCCGCCACGCCAGCCCCCAGCGAGCGCGGGGACGGGCCGGGGCCCCCCCAGGACAGGGACCAUGGGGACCCCAACAGGGACGAGAAGGAGCCCAAAGGUGCCGAGAAGAUGGAGCCCGAGCCACCAGUCCCUGAGGUGCCCCCGUCGCCGGGUGAUGGCAGCGAGGCCGAGGGGAUGCGCAAGGGGGAGGAGGAGGAAGGACCCGGCCACAGGGAGCCCGAGGCCGAAGGGACCGCGGCCCGCGAGGAGCGAGCGGAGGAGCCCAAGGCCGAGAGGGACCCCAAAGCCGAGCCCCGCGCCAACGGGCGCCGCGACGACCGGGCCGAGAAGCCGCGGUUCAUGUUCAACAUCGCCGACGGGGGCUUCACGGAGCUGCACACGCUGUGGCAGAACGAGGAGCGCGCCGCCAUCUCCUCCGGGAAGCUCAAUGAGAUCUGGCACCGGCGCCACGACUACUGGCUGCUGGCCGGGAUCGUGGGCUACGCGCGCUGGACCGACAUCCAGAACGACGGCGCCUUCGGGGUCAUCAACGAACCCUUCAAGGGGGAGGCCUCCAAAGGGAACUUCCUGGAGAUGAAGAACAAGUUCCUGGCCCGGCGCUUCAAGCUCCUGGAGCAGGCGCUGGUGAUCGAGGAGCAGCUGCGGCGCGCCGCGUACCUCAACAUGACGCAGGACCCCAGCCACCCGGCCAUGGCCCUCAACACCCGCUUCGCCGAGGUCGAGUGCCUGGCCGAGAGCCACCAGCACUUGUCCAAGGAGUCGCUGGCGGGCAACAAGCCCGCGAACGCCGUCCUGCACAAGGUGCUGAACCAGCUGGAGGAGCUGCUGAGCGACAUGAAGGCGGACGUCACCCGCCUGCCCGCCACCCUCUCGCGCAUCCCCCCCAUCGCCGCCCGCCUCCAGAUGUCCGAGCGCAGCAUCCUCAGCCGCCUGGCCAGCAAGGGCACCGAGAGCCACCCCCCACCUACCUUCCCACCAGGGCCCUACGCCACCCCCCAGACCUAUGGGGGCACCUUUGGGACCCCCCCACCCGGAGCCCUCCCCCCUGGAGGGGCCAACUACAGCCAGAUGCCACCCGGGUCCUUCAUCACCGCCGCUGCCAAUGGUCCCCCCGUGCUGGUGAAGCGGGAGCGCGAGGCCGAGGGCCAGGACAAGAAGGAGCCGCGGGGGGGGGAGGUCAUUUGCAUCGAUGACUAAAGGAGGGGGGGGCCAUGGGGGGGCCCCCCCCUUAUGUCCCCUCCCCCCCCUUCCCCCCCCCCUUUGGCAGCGGUGGGGGAGGGGCACCACUGCCAAAAUCGCCUCUUUUCACCCCAAAUCCGCUCUUGGGGGGGGGGUGUGUUUGGGAGGUACCAAUAUGGGGGGGGGGGUGACAAGGACCACUGCAGCUAUAAAUAUAUAUAUAUAUAUAUCUCCCCCCCAUAGCAGGGGGGACCAAGGGGUUGGGGUGGCCCCUGUGUCCCCCCCCACCCUCCUCUGGGGUGGGCCCCCCCCCGCCCCCCACCCAGGGGUGUCCCCAAGGGUCACCCCAAAACUUCCCCCUCCCCCCCUCCCUCCCCCAUUGGGGCACUUGUUUAACCGCAGCAGAAUAAAACCCGGUUCCUUGGCUAUGGCA